CUCUUCGCCAACCCAAUCAAGUGACCCGAUACAAAAUUUUAAAUGAACGCGGCGCAGCCAAUCAGCGCUUGCUGUUAUCCUUCCUCUGAACCGAACCGUCACUUUUAAAGCUCCCAUUGAACUCUGAAGGCUGCACGCGUUUCUGAAGUUGUCCCGCUUUGUCUCAUUCUCAAUCUGAUUUGAAAGUUUCAGCACUCGACACAUUCAUCCUAAAAAUGGCACCAGCGCAAGAAAACGCAGUGACUCGGUUGAGAAACUUCAAAAACAAGGGGAAGGAUGUUGAGGAGCUGAGGAGGAGAAGGACUGAUGUGUCGGUCGAACUAAGAAAGGCAAGGAAGGAGGAUCAGCUCAUGAAAAGGCGAAAUGUUGACACGUGCCCCGAUGACAUGCCCACCAGUCCUCUGCAGCAACAAAAUACAAACAAGGCGCCUCAGAUGCAGCUGAAGGAUAUCAUCGCCGGUAUCCAUGGCAACGACGCGGCGAUGCAGCUGCAGUGCACGCAGGCGGCGCGGAAGAUGCUGUCUCGCGAGAAGAACCCGCCGAUAGACGUGAUCAUCGAUGCCGGCAUUGUCCCGAUCUUCGCGACCUUCCUCAACAAGGACGACAACCCGGCACUGCAGUUUGAGGCGACGUGGGCGCUCACUAACAUCGCGUCUGGCACGAGCGUGCAGACGCAGGCCGUCGUCAAAGCGAACGCCGUGCCGCGAUUCAUCGAGCUGCUCGCCUCGCCGCACCUCAACGUCAGCGAGCAGGCCGUGUGGGCGCUCGGAAACAUAGCCGGCGACGGACCGGAGCUUCGUGACUUUGUGAUCCGCGCCGGGGUCGUGAAGCCGCUGCUGUCGCUCGUCACGCCGUCGACGCCCGCGCCGUUCCUGCGCAACGUCACGUGGACGAUCUCGAACCUGUGCCGCAACAAGAACCCGCCGCCGCCGUUCGACACCGUCAAGCAGAUCCUGGCGACGCUCGCGCGCCUCGUGCACCACUCCGACAAGGACGUGCUCACGGACACCUGCUGGGCGCUGUCCUACUGCACCGACGGCACCAACGACAAGAUACAGGAGGUGGUUGCGUCGGGCGUCAUCACGCGUCUCGUGGAGCUGCUCUACUGCAGCGACGUCGCCGUCCUCACGCCCGCGCUCAGGAGCGUCGGAAACAUCGUCACGGGCGACGACUCGCAGACGCAGGUUGUCGUGGACGCCGGUGCUUUGCCAGCUUUCGCGCUGCUGCUCCAGCAUCACAAGGCGAACGUCCAGAAGGAGGCGGCGUGGACGUUGUCUAACAUCACCGCGGGCAACACGACACAGAUCCAGGCCGUCGUCGAUGCGAAGCUGCUUCCUCCGCUCGUACACGUGCUCGCAAAGGUACGCUCGUACACAUGCUCGUACACGCGCUCGCAAAGGUACGCGUCGUGGCACGAGCGCUCGCGGAAAGGUGCGCUCGUGCACGUGGGCGCUCGCAAAGGUGCGCUCGUACACGCGCUCGGCAAAGCGUUGCCUCGGCAAAGGUGGCGGCUCGUACAACGCGCUCCAAAGGUGCGCUCGUACACGCGCUUGCAAAGGUGCUCGCAAAGGCUGCGCUCGUACACGGCGCUCGCAAGGGUGGCUGUAACGUCGUCGAAUUAUCACACGCGCUCGCAAAGGUACAUCUCGUACACCGCGCUCGCCAAGGCGCUGCGCAGUGCUCGGAGUGCCUGGACACGGCGCUCGCAAAAGGUGCGGGCUCGUACACCGGCGCUUGCAAAGCGUGCUCGCAAAGGUGCGCUCGUCACGCGCUCGGCAAAGGUGCGCUCGUACACAGCGCUCGCAAAGUACUCUCGUACCGCGCUCUGCAACAAGUACGCUCGCAAAGGUACGGGUCGUGCACUGCGGCUCGCUAAAAAGGUGCGCUCGUACACGGCGCUCGGCAAGCUGCUCGCAAAGGUGGCCUUGUACACGCGCUCGAGGCAAAGGUACGCUCGUAACACGCGCCAGCCGCUGCGCAAAGGUACGCUCGUGCACGGCGCUCGCACAAGGGUACGCUUCGUGCACGCACUUGCAAACGUAUGCUCGUACACCGCGCUGCGCAAAGGUACGGCUCGUAACGCCGCUCGCCAAACGGUGCGAUCGCAAACGGGCGCUCGUAAGCACGGUGCUGCGCAAAGGUGCGAUCGCCAUAAGGUGCGCUCGUACAAGCGUCUCGCAAGGCGUGAGGCGACACGAUGGGGAACAGCUGGAGGCGGCGAUGCGGCUAAUGUGGCAGAUGAUGAGGAUGCAGAAUGUGGCGCAGUCAACAGGAGAAGUGGAAAUUUCGAACUUCGGUUCGGCGAAAAUGAUAAAGCAGCGGCAAUGGCCAACUGGUGGAUUUCGUUUUGA